CUGCCUGAUUACUGGUCUUAUUCUCCUAUUUAUUUUUACACAUAUUUUAAGCAGCGGUCUUUGAUGUGCUUUUGUUGUUGUUUGUUUUGAUUAAAAGCCAACCGGUCACGGUUGAAUUCGGUUGAAACCGAAAGCCAGAAGCUGUUACUAUACAUGUAUGGCUAUUUAAUUGUGGCAUUGAAACUGUAUAACAAGAAAAAAUCGUUCCCGUACCGUUAUGAAAGGAUGCUUGACGCUGCUAGGCAUACUGUAUCAUGUGGUACUGCUCCGGGGCGAUCCGGUUUUAUCCGUUGAUAAAAGUCGAGUGUGGGGGCCGGGGAUCGAGCGUGCCGACAAGUUACCACUGAAUGCCAGAUAUUUUUUUAUCGAACCUCGCGAUACUAACGGAGACCGAAUAACUGAACCGCUGAAGUACCGUGUACUGGUCAAAGGCCAGUCACGAAUCGGCGCAUGCCGGGUUCGAAUCGAGCAGAUUGACCGGUACGAUGGAUCGGCUGUAAUUAGAUAUAAGCUGUUGGAGACGUGUUGGGAUGUGGAGAUCUCGGUGCUACACGGCGAGCACCAUUUAGGAGUGUCUCCGUACCAAUUUGAGAACAAAUUGUAUACUGAGAGUUGUUACUGUCCGCAGGGUACCCUCGAGGAGUGGCUAGAGCAGCUUGACUGCCCGACCAGUGAUCCCCAGAUUGACCGUGAUUUAAUCCCAUUUCGAGCGAUGAAUUUUUCCAGCUUACGACCUAGAAUCAUUCAGCAGUUCGAUAAGCCGGGAAGCAUUUCACUGUGUAAUUAUGUGAUAAAGAACAACCAGAUUUACAGGACAUGCUACGGACGGUACACCGGAUUUAAGAUUUACAUGGAUGCUAUAUUGCUUUCUUUGGCACGAAAGGCUUACCUACCGGAUCUGGAGCUGUUCGUGAAUUUGGGGGAUUGGCCACUUGUAACUAAGGGUGGGCAUAGGCGGACCACCGGCCCUCUACCUGUUUUCUCCUGGUGUGGUAGUGAAGAUACGUUUGACAUCGUUAUGCCAACAUACGACUUAGUAGAGUCCUCUCUGGAAGCGAUGAGUCGAGUUACGUUAGAUAUGCUAUCGGUGCAGCGACGGGGAGUGCCAUGGGAUGAAAAAAUCAGCAAAGCGUUUUGGCGCGGAAGGGACUCUUCCCGGGAAAGGCUAGACCUGGUUGGUCUGUCAAAGAAGCAUCCCGAUUUGGUGAACGCUUCACUUACUAACUUUUUUUUCUUUCGCGACGAGGAAGUAAUCUACGGACCGAAGGUGGCUCAUAUAUCGUUCCUCGAGUUCUUUAACCACCGCUAUCAGAUCAAUAUGGACGGCACGGUGGCUGCCUACAGGAUGCCCUAUCUGCUGGGCGGAACAUCGGUUGUAUUCAAGCAGGAGUCCAAGUAUUACGAACAUUUCUACGGUAAACUGCGGGAAGGUGUUGAAUAUGUUUCAUUCAAACGAGAUCUUUCUGAUCUGCUGGCCAAGUUGGAGGAUGCCAAGAAAAACGACCAGACAAUGCUGAUGAUGCGGGAUAACGCCAAAACAUUUGCGGAGCGACAUUUACUGCCAGAGCAAAUUUUAUGCUAUUCGGCGUUAUUAUUUUCGGAAUAUGCAAAGCACAUAGUCAGUCCAAUUGGGAUACUGCCUGGUAUGCAAUUGGCGGAACAACCUGCUGCAUCUUCUAAUUGUGAGUGCGAUUCUGCAGAUCAUCAUUCGGCAAAGCAUGAUGAGCUCUAGUCCUCACUACAAUUUUCAUAGAAAAAAAUGCUGAAAGUUAUUUUAUAAAGCAAAAUAUUGCUAACCAGAAUUGUCAAACAGUAUUGUGAUAGAAAAAAAUGACAUUGCGAAUGUCUCGAAUAGUAACUAGUUUUCACUGUCUUGUCAUCAUCAAAUUAAACUGUUCACUUUCAUUUCGAUAUAAUCAACUAUUUUUCAAAAGUAAGCCAGCAAUCAAUACCUCCAAAUUAUGCUAAUCAAAGUAGUCUUCAAUCUCUAUAUUUGGGUCCAGCAAAUCCUCUCCGUAGGGCGUCAAAUCCAGCUGAUUCAAAAUCAAAUUUUCGC